AUGAUAAAUAAGUCUGAAGUUGUCGAGUUCGUUCCUCAUGAAGAACAAAAUUCAUCGUCAAAAUCCAAUAAAUCGCAUUCAAAAUGGUGGAAUCAAGGUUACCAUCAUCAGAAGAUCAUUUCUCAAUUUAUAGAAUCGUAUCCAUUUCAUGUCUUCAUUAUUUUCUUAGUUGUUGUUGAUGCAGCACUAGUAAUCACUGAAAUAUUAUUAGAUGCAUUAAAAAAUGAAUAUGAAUGUCAAAUAAAAAUUCAUCGUUUAAAAAAACAUCGUUACGAAGUAAUUGCCGAACGUCUGGAAUCAGCAAUGCAAACUAUACACUAUUGUUCAAUUGCUAUUUUAACUUUUUUUCUUUUCGAAUUAUUUAUUAAAAUUUACGCAUUGGGAAAAGAAUUUUGGAAUAUUCAACGAAAAAAAAUGCAAUAUUUUGAUGCGUUCAUUGUUAUUACAUCACUAAUUAUUGAUUUAGCGUUUUUACAUGGUGAAGAAAAGAUAAUUGGUAAAAAAUUAAUUCUUAUACUAACAUUUCGUUUAUGGCGGUUCAUAAGAAUUAUUAGUAGUGUAUCUGAGGCUACUCUUAAUGGACAAACUAAACAUAAAACCCGUUUAAAUGAACAAUAUUUUGCUGCUAUGCAACGGCUUACUGAUCUACUAAUAUAUAAAACAAAUCAUAUUGAAAAUAAUAAUGAAAAUUUCAAUCCUAUACUCGAACAUUUUCAUAUGCUUGAUAAUCGAUGUUUAACAUCAUUAGAAGCAUUUAAACACAAUGCAAAAUUACCCUCAUCCAUAACUGUCAAAAGAUUUAUCGAUGAUUUAAAUGAACUUGAGAAUAAAACGAAUAAUGGUGAUGCUGUUCCACCAAUGUUUACAAAAACUCCAACUGUAUAA